AACAGAGAAACCCUUUUCCGUUCCCCAGCGCCCUGUGCAGAAAAGACGGGAUUUUUCUCUCCCUCUGCUUAGGUUUCACUUUUUCCCAGAAAAUUUUCCCGAGAAAAAUCUCAAUUCUGUUUUUCUUUAAAAAAAUUCCAACUUUCAUGGGAAAAAAAUCAGCUGCGGCCACCGGGGAGGAGGAGGAUGUUCCGCCGGACAACCUGAGGUGCGGGAGGACGGACGGGCGGCAAUGGCGGUGCCGGCGGAGAGUGAAGGAUAAUCUGAAGCUGUGCGAGGUUCACUACCUUCAAGGUCGCCAUCGCCAGUACAAGGAGAAGGUCCCUGAGUCCCUCAAGCUUCAGAGGAAUAAGCGUAAGAGCCACUCUCCUCCUCCUUCUCCUCCUUCCUCUCCUGCCAACAAUGUCGAAAUUAGGGCACGCAAGGACUCCAAGAUUGCUCUUCUCCCCAAAAAGAAGCGCAAGCUUUCCGAUGGUACUUCAGAGGCAUUGGUCGUUCAGAAGAAGAAUAAGAACAAGAAAAGGAAAAACAAAAACAAGGGGUUGCGGAGUGGUGAUGAUAAGCAUUUGGAGCUUAUAAGGAUGGUCUUGACGAGAGAGGUUGAGAAAAGGAAGAAGAGGAACAAGAAGAAUGACGAUGAUGAAGAAGAUGAAGAGUGCAGCGAAGGAGGAGAGUUGCGGAGAGAAUUGCCGAAUGGAAUGAUGGCUAUCUCUACAGCUUCAACCGCCAAUGGUUUCAAUGGCAAUGUGGGUUCCCAUUUUGAUGUAAAAGUGGCUGCUGAUUCUAAUUCCAAAGCGUUCGCCGUCACGCCGCGUUACUUCAGGUCCAAGAAUGAGCAGAAGCUUCUAAUUUUUCAGGUUGUGCAGUAUGGACAGGGCUUGAAGAAGAAGGGAAAGGGUAAGAAGAAGAGGUGUCAUUGGUGCCAGAAGAGUAAUUCUCAGAAUCUUAUCAAGUGUUCUAGCUGUAACAAGGAGUUCUUCUGCAUGGAUUGCAUAAAACAGCGGUAUUUUGGCACUGAGAAUGAAGUUAAGAAGGCAUGCCCUGUUUGUAGAGGAACUUGCACUUGUAAGGACUGUUUGGCAAGUCAAUAUAAAGACAGUGAAAGUAAGGAACAUUCGGCUGAUAAAAGCAGAGUUGGUAGAAUAUUGCAUUUACAUUACCUACUCUGUAUGCUCCUUCCAGUACUGAAACAAAUAAGUGAAUAUCAGGAUACUCAGCUAGAAACUGAAGCAAGAAUUAAAGGGAUAGAAGCUUCUGAUAUUCACAUCAGGCAGGUUGAAUUUGGCUUCAAUGAGAAAAUUUUCUGCAAUCACUGCAAAACUCCCAUUUUGGAUCUCAAUAGAAGCUGCCCUAGUUGCUUAUAUAGCCUUUGCUUAAAUUGUUUUCAAGAAUUAAGUCAGGGAAGCAUUUCUGGAGAAUCAAUGUUGAAGCUACCGAUUAAAACAAAAACUUGCGCUGCCCGUGAGAAAGAAAAUGCGGAUGAGAAGGCCAUUUCUAGUUGCAAUAUAACUCAUUGUAAUGGCAUUGACAAUGUAUCAUUUCCAUCUACAGAACUUGGUGGUUGUGGUCAUAGCCACCGUGAUUUGAGAUAUAUUUUUCCCUCUAGUUUGAUCAAAGAGAUGGAACUAAAGGCAGAAGAAAUCGUUUGCAGUUAUGAAUUGCCAGAAACACCAGACAAAAGUUCAAAAUGCUCAAUGUGUUCUGACACAGAUCACAAAACUAAAAGACAUAAGCAGUUGCAAGAAGCAGCUUUAAGAGGGGAUUCAAAUGAUAAUUGCUUGUUUAACCCCACAGUUUCGGACAUCAAUGGUGAUAAUUUUGAACACUUUCAAAAACACUGGGGAAAAGGCCAUCCCGUAGUGGUGCAAGAUGUUCUUCGAAAGACAUCAAACCUCAGCUGGGAUCCACUGAUCAUGUUCUGUAGUUAUCUUGAGCGGAGCAUUACAAGAUACGAGAGUGAUAAGGACUUACUUGAAUCUUGUUUGGAUUGGUGUGAGGUGGAAAUUAACAUUAGGCAGUCUUUUAGCGGGUCUCUCAAAUGUCGUCCUUGCGAAAACACUUGCCAUGAGAUGCUGAAAUUAAAGGGGUUGUUGUCUUCCCAACUUUUCAAAGAGCAAUUUCCAGGUCAUUUUUCUGAAGUAAUUGAUGCUCUACCAAUUCAAGAAUACAUGAAUCCUAUGUCUGGUCUUCUGAAUUUGGCAGCAAGUUUGCCACUUCAGAGUACCAAACAUGACAUUGGACCAUACGUGCAUAUUUCAUAUGGCUGUGCCGACAAGGAAGCUGAUUCUGUGACUAAACUCUGCUAUGAUUCAUAUGAUGUGGUUAAUAUUAUGGCACAUACCACGGAUGUUCCCCUAUCUACAGAGCAGCUUUCAAAAAUUCGACGACUACUGAAAAAGCAUAAAGCUUUGUGUCGAAGGGAUUCUUCUAAAAUUACUGCUGAACAACAACAGGAAGAGAAAGUAAAAGAAACGUUACCACCACAUGUUGAAGAAGUGGAACAAAAAGGUUCACAGCGAGUGGCCAAAGAAGUUGACUUUUUAAGGAGAGUCAAUAGAACAUCCUUUGUCUCAACUCACACUGAAAAAGCAACUACUGGAAGUAUAGAGAACAGCUUUUCCCAGGAUAGAGAAUGUGAUUUAUCUGAUUCCGAUUCGGAACCCACAGUUCUCCAUGGGUUGUCUACAGGUCGUAAUCCAAGAAAUCUGUUUGAAAGCUCGAAAGAUAAAAAUAAGUUAUCUGCUGAGCAUUCUGGGGCCCAAUGGGAUGUAUUCCGCAGACAAGACGUUCCAAAGCUCAUGGAAUACCUUAUAAGACAUUGUGAUGAAUUUACUCAUAACUAUGACAAUGACAAAGUGAUGGUUCAUCCAAUUCUAGAUCAGAGCAUUUUUCUUGACAAAAAUCACAAAAUAAGGCUUAAAGAGGAGUUUCAGGUUGAACCAUGGACAUUCAAGCAACAUGUUGGAGAAGCCGUUGUCAUUCCCGCUGGAUGUCCAUACCAGAUCAGAAAUCCUAAGUGUUGCGUUCAUGUGGUGUUGGAAUUUGUGUCACCGGAAAAUGUCUCCGAGUGUAUCCAGCUGAUUGAUGAGGUCCGACUGCUGCCGGCAGACCAUAAAGCCAAAGUAGAAACUUUGCAGGUAAAGAAAAUGGUGCUUCAUAGCAUGAAUACAGCAAUUAAGGAAAUGCAUGAGCUUACAAACAAGCCAGCCAAAACAUGAUUGCACCAACUAUCUUCCAUUUUUGUAUAGAUUAUUGCUCCCCAGUAAAAAAUCAUAAAAGUAGCUCCUAGAAAAAGGUACUCUAAUUAAAUUGAUUAGUUUCUUCAGUGUAACCAUUUUUUGAUUGCUUUGACAUCUAUCUCUGCCCUACCCGAGUUUGAAAUAAUCCUUGAUGGUCUGUGUAUAUAUUUUGCUUAGUGGUUAAAUUGAAGAGAAUUUUCGAAA